AAAAUCAUUUUUACAGUAAAUCGAAUUGAAGAAACUUCAUCUAAUCUUCUUCCUUUACAAGUAAAUAGACACACUUUUAAUCCUCAUCCUCAUCUUAUACAUUUUGUCAUCUUAAUCGUUGACAAUAUAAUCACAAUUAGUGACAAUAAUUAACUUCCAACAAAAUGACAAUCAACAAUAAUCUCAACUUGGAAUCACAUUAUUAAGAUGUGGGACGAUGAGAGUAAAAUUUUCUCGCCACAAUUAAGUUUAUCAACUCAAUCAUCAGGUUGGAUGGAUACUAUUAAAUCAUCAUCUUCUUCAUCAUCAUCUUCAGCAUCAUCACUAUCAUCAUCAUCUAACCAACGGAAUCAUAUUAACAGUUUAUCAAACCGAAUCAACAGAAGCUCACCAUCAAUCAAUUUAAUUGUUAAUUCAGAUGACGAUGAUUACACUAUUCUUCCUCCUUCACCACCAAUCAAUCGGACACCCUAUUCACGGAUAAAGGGUAAGGCUCGAUCAAGAUCAAGCUCACGAGCACGUUUUGAAACCUUGGAAUCAACUUCAGAAGGACCAACAUCAAUGAUUCAAGAACGACAAUCAACUAAUCACCAUAAUCAACUUAAUCAUAACAAUUAUCAUUCUGGUCGAGACUUUUCAAGCUUUGAUUGUUAUCAAAUUGACAAUAAUCGUAAAAUGGUUAACCGGAGUAAAACUUUGAAUGGAUCGGAACAUAAUCUGUACCAUGUUGGUGCCAAUGUGAUAAGAAAAAAUCGUGAAAAUAUUUAUGAAAUUUUGACCUCGAAAAAGUUCAUGGACACUCAGAAAACUAUUGGUUCUUGUAAUAUACUAAACGGAUCAAAUGGAAACAAUUUAAUUAAAUCACAAUCAACCCAAUUAUUAUCAACAACGACAAUGACAACAAAUAGUAACAACAACAACAAGCAACAAUCAACAAAGGAUAAUAUUAUUGAUCUUGAUAGUUCAAUAAUUGAUGCAGAUAAUUUAACUAAUGAUGCUUUAAUUGAGAGAGAAUGGAACAAAUUAGUUAAUGGAACUUGUGGUAAUUCAUUAAUACGACCAUUAACACCAUCAAAUGGAAGGAAAUUAAUUGUUAAUCAAAAUUCAUCCCAGCAAAUAACUAAUAAUCAAAAUGAGAAUACAAUUAAUUCACUGACAACAAUUAAGCCAACAUCAAAUUCAUUAUCAUCAUUGCCCAUAACUAAACCAUCACCACCACCACCAUCAUCAACAAUAAUGACAACACCAAAAGUGAAUAAUAAUAAAUUGAAUCAAGUUAAUCAUCAUCACUCUAAUCAUAAACUUAACAAUCAAUUAAAUUAUGUUGAUGAUAAUUAUUAUUGCACUGAUAGAAAUGAUAAUAAUAAAAUCAAUGGGAAGGAAUUAAUUAACGAGGAAAAUAAUCGAGCCAAACUGAUUAACCUAUUUAACAAUAUGAACAAUCAAUUUGAUCAUCAUAAUAAUGGUAAUCAUCAUCAGUUAACUAACAAUUAUCAUAUUAAUCAUAAUAAUAAUAGUAUUAAUUAUGAUGACAAAUCAAAUAUUCCUGGGACACGAUUUAAGGAGAUACUUAAAUUGUAUGAAAAUUUGGGUAAAUUUGCCGAACCGACGGUAACAGUGGCCUCAACGGUAGCGGCAACCACACCGGUAGAAGGUAAAAAGAAGCUCGAAAAUCAAGAGACCAAGAAAAUGGAGUCAAUUGGAUUAAUAAAUGGUGGUGGGGAAAAUAUCAAUGGAUUAACGACUGUUAAUGGUUCGGAUGAUAUUGUUAACCAUCAACAAUUAAAGUCGACGAUUUUACAAUUAGAUUCAGUGUGCCAAACGAGACUUAAAUCAUUGGAAGAGUGUCAACGGAAAAUUGCCAGUCUUCGAGAUGAGCUUCGAUCCAAAGAGGAAGAAAAUAUUAACCUGAAAGCGGAAAGUGAUUCGUUAACAGGUCAACUUGAUGAGGUGAAAAAUGGCCUUAAAUUUGAGAAAGAACGAAGACUAUCGGAAGCCGAAAGGUACAAAAAAGUGACCGGUAAAUUGUACGCUCGAUUGGACGAGUUGAACCGUGAACUUCAAGAGUCACACAUAAACUACGAUUACCUUGAGAUGGCCUACAACAGGUUGAAGGAAGUUUCCGGUUUACAGGAAGUUCACUCAGCAGAGAUCAACCUGAUGAGAGAUCGUUUAAAUGACCUGACCAAUAAGUUAUCAAUUUCGGAGAGAUCAUUGAAAAAUGCUAAAAGUUAUAUUGGUAAACUUGAAUCGAGGAAACGUCGAGGUUCAUCAUUGAGAAGUUCAUCUCGUCCCAAUUCAACCGGUAGUUGUAAUGUUGGUGGAAACUCUGAUUCUAAGGAAGGAAAAUUAUCUCUCAGUGAGACUAAUAAAUCAGCCGGAAGUGAAACUAAUAUGGUAAAAGAUUCUUCAUCCUCUAAUCCUUGUAUUCCUAAAGAUUUUCAACAUAAACUUCAAGAACUUGAGGUUAAAAUUGCUCGAAUCCAGGUAAUCCUUUUAGCUAAUGAACAUCAAUCUCCUGAUGAAGGUUUACCGGACAUUGAAUCAAUAAACAGUUUCCCCUCAUCUCUUCCUGAUCAUCAUCACCAUAACCACAAUCACCAUAAACUGCCACCCCUUCAUCAUCAUUCUCAUCAUCAUUUACCUUCACAAAUCAUUGAAAUAACUUCAUCACCAUCAACAAUUAACAAUAAUAACACAAUCGAUGACAAAUCAACAUCUUUACCUGUUGUAGUAGAAACUAUUUCACCUAAAUCACAAGUUAAUUCAAGUCAACCAAUAACAAUUAACGAAAAUAAUCUUGUUAAAAAACUAGUUAAUUGUUAAACAAGACAAAUAUUUAAUAAUUAUAAUUAACUGUCCAUCUAAUUGAUUAUUAUGAUUCGAGUCCAAAAAAAAUUUUUUCACCUUUGUUUUUGAUUACAUUUUGUUAACACACAAACUAUUAGUUUAUAAUUUACUACAAUAAACACAAUCAUUGACUAUCAA